AUGUCUUCCUCCUCCUUCACCACCCGCUGCGCCCUCCUUCUCGCCAGUCUGGCCGCAGCGGUAUCCGGCCUGGACGGCAUCGUCACGCCUGCUGACGUCGCUGCCGGCGAGCGCUUCCAAGUCACCUUCCAAGGCGGCAACGACGACAAGUACCGAGUCUACCUCGCCGCCUCUCUCGCUGGCUCCAAUGGCCCGGCCUGUAUCUCUCCCCCCUACCUCCUCGCCCCCGCACUAGCUAACGGACCUCCCCCCCCUCCAGGCUACCUCCUCAACUCCACCACCGUCUCCUCCCCCAUCAACCUCACCAUCCCCGCCGGCGUCGGUCCCAGCGCAGACUACUACAGCAUCGCCAUCGCCGACCUGACCACCAACCAAGCCUCCACCUACAGCAAUCGCUUCAACCUGACCGGCGCAGACGGCAACUACACCGCCUACGAGGACUCUCUCGGCGGCUCGCCCUUCUGGAGCGCAGACGACUUGCCCUGCACCGCCUACCCCUGCGCCAGAGAAUGUGCCCAGGCCUCGUACCCGCAGGAUCUCACCGACACCAAGGCCUACCAGACCAUGACCAAGUGCAUUCUCGCCUGCAACGGCGUCACGCCCGCCGCUUCGCAGACCGCACCAGCACACGCUUCCAGCACCGCGGGAUCCGCUUCUUCUUCUUCUUCUUCUUCUUCUUCUUCUUCUCCUUCUUCCACCACCAUGACCGGAGAAAUGGCAGUCAUCACCCUCGGCCCGGGCGCGACCGUCACCGCCAUCGAGACGAUCAAGAAAGGCAAGACCUUGGCCAUCAUCGGCGACAAGACCCUGACCCUGGGCGGUUCCGCGGCCACCAUCAGCAGCGAAGCCGUCAGCCUUGCCACCAGCGGUCUCGACGUCGGUGGGUCCACCACGGUCGCUUUCAGCAGCACCACCGCGACCGUGGCUGCUACCGUUGCCGAGGCCGCCGCUGCUACUGUUUCUGCUGAUUCGUCGGCAAGCAAGCGGUACAUGGCCGGCGCCGCCGCCGCAGGGUUUGCGGGUCUUGCGUUUGUGCUGUAG